AUGAAGUUUCUCCUCCGCCUCAACCUGACCUUGCUUGCCGCUUUUGCACAUUCCUUUUACGCUGUUCCCGAGGGCCUGGAGAGCGUCAGGCCCGGAACGAUCCUGAAACAUAGGAAGCCCCCGGCUCCCAUCGCGGCUUUUGGCGCCGCAAGGAUCAACCUCCAGGACAGCCACCAGAUCCUGUACAGGACGUCGGACAGCUCUGGAAAUGCGACGGCCACGGUGCUCACGGUUCUGAUCCCGCACAACGCCGACUUUGGCAAGGUCCUGUCGUACCAGGUCCUGGAGGAUGCUGCCUACGCCCGCUGCGCGCCGUCGUACGUGUUCCAGUUUGGCGCGUCGACGGGCGGCUUAUUCGGCACAGUAGCAAACCAGGCCGAGCUGCUCCUGAUCGAGGCUGCUCUCGAGGAGGGCUGGGUGGUUGUGGCGCCGGAUUACCAAGGCCCGCGGGCGGCGUUCCUCGCCAACAAGCUCGCUGGCCACAGCAUCCUCGACGGCAUCCGCGCCGCCCUGAGCUCGGGGGAGAUUACGGGCAUCCGCGGCGACGCCACCGUCAGCCUAUGGGGCUACUCGGGCGGCUGCGUGGCGACUACCUUUGCCGUCGAGCUGCAGCCGUCGUACGCUCCCGAGUUGGGGGCGAGCAUCGCCGGCGCAGCGCUCGGCGGUCCCGUUCCCGACUUGUCGUCUUGCCUGGCCACCAUCAACAAGGGCCCUCUGGCCGGCCUCAUCCCCGCCGGCAUAAUCGGUCUGUCGGCCGAGUACCCCGCCCUUGCCGCCCUGGUGGACGAGCAGCUGCUGCCCAGGUACAGGGAAAAGUUCUACAAGGCCGGGCGGGAGUGCCUGGUGGCCAACCUGGCCAACUUUCUGCUCGCAGAUGUCUUCGCCAUGGCCAAGGACAGGGCCAUCUUCAGCCAAGGACUGGCGAAAACCAUCAUGGACCAAAACUCUGCUGGCCAAGCUACGCCCAAGGUCCCGCUCUUCAUCUACAAGGCAAUCCACGACGAGGUCUCGCCCAUCCGCUACACUGACGAGCUCGUCAAGGGCUACUGCGACAAGGGCGCCUCUGUCGAGUACGUCAAGCACCCCGAAGCUCUUCACUCCACUCUCUCCUCCACGGGAGCCCCGGCGGCCUUUGCCUGGCUCAAGGGCAUCAUGAGCGGGAAGAAGAAGCCCGACAAGAAGUGCUCGACCAAGGUGGCGAGGAACCGUCUCUGGGAUCGUAGCACCUAUCAAGUAAUGCCCAAGUUUAUCGCGGACGCGCUGCUGGACCUGAUGGGGAAACCGGUAGGCCCGGGGGGUCUCUUGGAGUCUGGAAUGCAGAGCCGUGACGCGCCUGGGCUUGGAGACACGGGAGCGCAGAGUUGCCCUGCCCCUGGAAUUUUCGUGGUCAGAUAG